AUGGACGAAACUUUUAUCGCCGACGCCAAGGACAUCCUCGCAAAGGAUACCAGCGUUAUACCCGAUUUCUGGCAGAAUAAAUACAAGAAUGAGGCUAGCAAAAACUGGGAUAAAUUCUACAACCGCAACACAACAAAUUUUUACAAGGACCGCCACUGGACAGACCGCGAGUUCGAGGAGCUGCGCCCAUCGCAUAUAUUUACCGAACACAAGCCCGUUUUACUCGAAAUCGGCUGCGGCGUAGGCAACUUUGUCUGGCCGAUCCUCGAGCGUAACCCCGACAUAUUCGUGUACGCAUGCGAUUUCUCGCUGCGCGCAGUCGGCUUUGUCCAGUCCAACGAGAACUACACGGAGAGCCGGUGCCAGGCAUUUGUUUGUGACAUCACCAAGGACAGGCUGGCCGACACCAUCCCGCCCCAUUCGGUUGAUAUCGUUUCGGCAAUUUUUGUCUUUUCGGCUCUGCCUCCGGAAAAGCAGGCAGACGCAGUGGCUAAUGUAAUUGAGAUUCUCAAGCCUGGAGGCCGGAUUCUGUUCCGCGACUACGCACUGUAUGAUCUGGCACAGCUGAGAUUUAAGUCCGGCCACAAGCUGGAAGACAACCUUUACGUGCGCCAGGACGGCACGUUAUCCUACUACUUUUCGAAGGAACGGCUGCGCGAGCUGUUUGUCCAACACGGUGGUCUUGUUGAGAUUGAGAACGAUUAUGUGGUGAAAAAGCUCAUCAAUGCAAAACUCAACAUCGAUUCGGAUCGCAUAUUUGCGCAGGCAAAGUUCCAGGCGCCGAUUACCACUACCGAUUACAUUGAUGCUUCUGCGGGCAAAACACAAUCAAUCGACGAUAGCGAGGUUUCGGUUGAAUAG